GCCACGGGCGAUCCGCUGUGGGUUACGAGCCGGCCGCGCUCGAGCAGCGUGGGGGUCAGACAGAGCGCGGGAGCGCACGACAGUUGGCGUGUUUUUGCUCGCUCAACACUUACUUUACCACUAUAAACGCCAGCGCACAUCACUUCAGAAGUAUUUGUCGCGGUCGAAGUAUAUGUCCGUAUCUUUAUCUGUUUACCUAUCCGCAACAAAGGGCAACCCAGUUGAAGUCGUUAAGCCUGCAGCAUUAUUUUUUUAUUUAUCCUAAAAGGUUUCUAGAAUUAACAAGA